AUGCAAACUGAAGGUGACAACACCAGAACAGCAAGUACUGCUGAAAGUGGACAUCAAGUACAAGAUUUAGGUCCAAUCUGUUGUUUUUCGCAAGAGUCAUUGAAAAGACCACAUGUAUCAAAAACUUCUAAUUGGAAAGCAUACAGCGAUCAUAUAGACGAUUUGAAAUUGUCUACGUAUGACAUUGAAGAUUGCAAAUUUAUUGACGAUGCACCGUUAGUAAACACAGAAUUUCAAGAAUUACAUACGAAUGUGGUUCAGAAUAAGCAAAGAAAAGCAAAACAUGAACAUGAGACAUCAGUUAGUAGUAGAGAGUUAAAAACCGGCAAUUCCCAUCAUGGUUUGGUAUUUGUGACAUGUACGCGUGCAGAUUUUUCAAAAAUGACUCCGUUGUUGUUCGAAGCACUUACAACGGACUUUCCUGUAACAAUAUGGGUUUCUGGGAUGCAUUUACAAGUAGACUUUGGUUCUACCUAUAUGGAAAUUGUCAAAAGAUUUUCAUCUACGCGUGCAAAAAUUGUGUUCAGACCAAACCACUCGAAAUCGAUGAGUCAAACAUUUAUUAACACAGCGGACGCUUUUAAUCGUUGGCUACAUCAUUCGACCGAUAUGGUUUUUGUACAUGGAGACCGAAUUGAAAGUCUCGCUUGUGCUACAGUUGCGGUGCUUCAAAACAUAAAAGUAUGUCACAUUGAAGGGGGCGAGAUAAGCGGUACGGUCGAUGAAUCUCUCCGUCAUGCAAUUACAAAGUUGUCACACAUACACUUCGUAUCGAACGAAUCUUCACGUCUUCGACUUUUACAGUUGGGAGAAAAUGAUGCACGCAUACAUGUCAUUGGAUCUCCUGAAGUUGAUGCAUGGUUGAAAAACAAUGUCACAUUUUCAGAUGUUAAAUCACGCUAUGAAAUCCUUUAUGAAGAACAAGAUUACUUGGUCCUACUUUUCCAUCCGGUCACUAUAAAUUUUGAUGAACGUGAAAUCAAACACGUAGUCGAUUGCUGCAUUAUGUCAGAACUUAACUUCGUUGUCAUAAAAUGCAAUAACGAUACAAAUUUCGAAACGAUUUUAAAGGAAUACGAGCGAUUUGAACACAAUCAACAUUUCAGAUGUUUAUCAUCUUUGAGAUUUGAACAUUUCAUAUCACUAAUAAAACACUCGAAUGGUCUCAUUGGAAAUUCCAGCGUCGGUGUUCGUGAAACUCCCAUUUUGGGUAUCCCUUCGCUAAAUAUUGGCUGCCGUCAACAAAAUCGUUCAACUGAAGCCAAAUCUAUUAUUCAUAUACCCGAUUAUAGAGACUUGUCCGUUGCCACUUUGAAAGAAAUGAAAUACAUUCCGCAUACACAACCUGUAAUGGAGUUUGGCUCCAAAGGCGGUGCUAGUCGUUUUGGCGAUUGUCUUCGCAACUUUGACAUGAAGGCAAUAAAUAUACAGAAAUAUUUCGUAGACAUGUAA